AGGGAGGUCCUGCAGGAGCAGGGACUGUGGGAGGAGUUUAGGAAGAGACACCCCUACAAACCUAUGGUCAAGUUUGCCAGCAACUUCGCCAACACUGAACGGAUGACCAACGAUGCUGACCUGACAUACUAUGGUGUCAUCUCCAUUGGAAAUCCACCACAGUCCUUCACUGUCAUCUUUGACACUGGAUCCUCCAACCUAUGGGUACCAUCCAUCAACUGCUCCAGCCAGGCUUGCAGCAACCAUGCAAAAUUCAACCCAAAAGGGUCCAAAACUUUCAAGUCCACAUCAAAUUCAGUGGCCAUCCAGUAUGGGACUGGGAGCAUGACUGGAGUGCUGGGAUAUGACACCGUUGAGAUUUCCUCAGACAUAUGCGUGUCUAUCAAUAAAAAAGCUGUUGCUUGCUCUGGUGGCUGCCAAGCUAUGGUGGAUACCGGCACCUCCUACAUUGUUGGACCAAGCAGUGACAUUCAAAACCUCCUGAGAUCUUUGAAGGCUUCUGUGGACCAAAAUGGAGAUGCAUUCGUGAACUGCAACAGCGUGGGAUCCAUGCCUGACCUGACCUUUACCCUCGGCGGACAUGCCUUCAGCAUCCCUCCCUCUGCAUAUGUUUCUCAGUACAGCAGUGGAUGCAUGCUUCGCAUUAGUACCGGUGGCUUUGGCCAGCUCUGGAUCCUGGGUGACGUCUUCAUCAGAGAGUUCUACACCAUCUUUGAUAGGGGCAACAAUCGAGUGGGUCUUGCUACAGCUGUGUGAUGCACAUGGAGGAAACAGUGUGGAAA